AUGGCGGAAUCAGUUCCUUCGCGGACCCGGUCCUUGGGGAUUGUUCACGUCCAGCCUACCGGCCAUGCUACGACUAGAGCUGGAGGUGACGCCGGAACCGCAGAGUCCGGCCAGACCCCUACAUCUCCAGCGCAUGUACGACGGAGAGCGACGACUCUGGUGUCGCCCAGAGCAGCAGCGCCGGCCAUGAAAGAUUACUUGUCAGAAGGAACAAGUCUGCGCCUACGAAGGACUACAACUAGUCGCCGUAGUGGUGAAGCUGUACGCAGUCUCACCCAUCGAACCAGUCUAGCUGAGCGGACUCAGGGGAACUUCACAAUGGCCGGACCAGACGAAACUUCCCAGUUACAUUUGACCCAUCAACCGUUUAUUCAACCCGGCUAUACCGAACUCAACCCAGCUUAUGAUCAACCGGCCAAUGCCAAGCCAGUCUGGAGUUUGGCAAAGCCUUUGCCACGUGUGGUUCGACCUGGCAUGGUGCCUACCAAGGAGGAAUUGCUGCAGAACCGUGCAAAUCCGCAGCUGCCGGCAGAGAAUUCACAAAAUAUCGGAAUAGAUGUUGAUCCCAAUGAUCUCGAAAAGGGCCAAAUACCCAAAACGGCUGACCCGCGGAAAAUGGCAGCGCAGGUCACAGAUGCCCGUGUACAGCGAGAAACCAACUUCAUAAAUACCAUUCUAAAUGGUGACACAGCAUCCGUGGGACCAUCUUCACGUAUAUCUCGCCAAUCAUCAGGUCGUGCACGACGUCCUUCGAAAUGGGAAGUUCCAGUUGAAGAACUCCCUCCGGUCGAGGAACAUGAAUCUCAAAAGGAUCAUGAUGUGGAAAGCCGAACGGACGUAAGUGACGAAUCUUUGCAUUCUUUGCGACCUCCACCGGAAGAGUCGGGACAGGAACCUCAUCCAGAUGUGAAACCAGGAGACGAAGCGGGGAUCGAAUUCCCGGCUCUCGAAGACACAGUGUAUCCGGAAGAUCUACACCCGUUGUUGCAAAGCCUGGUGGAAGAAGAGAUCCACAACAACCACACAGUAUGGUCAGUCAUUCGGACACACCACCGUGAAGCACUAGCGGAAUCCUUGGGUGUUUUUGUGCAACUUACACUCGGGUUUUGCGGUGAUCUUGCUGUUACCUUGGCUGCUUCAGGAAACCCUAAUACGACAGAUUGGUUAUGGGGUUUCGCGACGAUGGCUGCCAUCUACAUUUGUGGUGGUAUUUCUGGUGCCCACCUGAAUCCCGCCAUUACGAUAAUGCUGUGGUUCUAUCGGGGGUUUCCGAAGCGUAAGAUGCCAGAGUACUUUUUGGCGCAAUUUGUUGGUGCCUUUUGCGCUGCACUCGUUUCUUACGGCGUCUACUACCGUGCGAUUAAGAAUUACACCGGUCCAGAAUUAGACGUCGUCAAUAGCCUCGUAACCAGUCAGCGCGAAGAUUUUGUCGACGCAGCGACGGCCUUUUUCAACGAGUUUCUAGGCAUGGCCAUACUGUCAAUCAUCAUCCUCGCGCUCGGCGACGACCAGAACGCACCGCCAGGCGGAGGUAUGAACGCGCUCAUCAUCGGUCUCGUCAUUGUCUGUAUGGAUAUGUGCUUUGCCUUUCAAACAGGGGCAGCAUUCAAUGCAAGCCGUGACUUUGGUCCACGAUUGGCUCUUCUUGCGUUAGGUUACGGUAGUCAACUAUUUACGAAUUCAUACUGGUUCUACGGGCCAUUUGCGGCAUCUGUAACGGGAUCUUUCCUGGGGGCUUUCCUAUACGAUUUUAUGAUCUUUACAGGAGGAGAGUCGCCUGUUAAUUAUCCUUUGGACCGGACGAAACGUUCCUUGAAAAAGAGUCGUGCCAAGUGGUCACGGAGACUUCAUCUCACUCCGAAAGAAGCGAAAAAAGGAGCGAAUCAGUAGGCUCGCUAUCACAUCUUGAAGUUCAACUUAUCUUAUAUUGAGGAACCCAGCGAGUUGCUUUGCAUCUUCUCGGCCACGGGGCCUCCCUUUUUCACUGUCCAAUUUCAUUAUAGAGCUACUGCCUGUAUAUCUGAGAUUCUUUUAUGUGCAUACACUCAAGCAAGCGCUGCAUUUUGACGAAUGACACGAAUUGAAGAUAGAAUAGUUAAAUGAUACUAUA